AGGUGGACAAUACAGAGCUGGGUCAUCACACAGCACAAUAAAAAUAAACAUUCACAACCCAACUGUUUACAAAUAUUGUAAAUUACCAGAAGCAAAAAAGGGGGAAGUUAAUAAUUUAAUAGUCUUUUUUUUCUUUUUUCCCUUUUCUCUUUCUCUUUUUAAUUUAAUUAUUGUCAAAAUUAUCUUCCUUUUUCUUUUUUUCAAUAUGCACAAACAAUAUUAAGUAACAAUACAGCGGAGACUUUAAUACUAAGUAAUGAGCUUAAGAUCAAAACCUUUAUUAUACAGCAAAUACUUUGAUGCAACCUGCGGUUGUUUUUAAAUGUUACAUUCAAUUCUGGAUAAAAAAGCUAAAUAAUUUUAUGUUCAUUAACACUGAAGUUUUAAAUCGUAAUUAAUACUGAUAUAUAUAUUUCUUUUUUAAAACUCCAAUGGUCUGUUAUCUAAACAUAAUGAUGUUACUAGUACUUAAUCUAUAUUGUACAGAAUACUUUAUUUAAAAAAUAUAAUGCAUAAUCUACAUUUCACAACACUUUUUUAAAAUACUAUUUAAAAACCCCACAGAACUGGGUCAACAAGCCUAGUCAUAAAAUAUGGUUUGCCAAUCACAAUAGUGGCCAGGUUCACACUAUACAAUAGUAAACCAAAGCUAAACAACACAAGUGGUGUUUUAAAAAAAAUCAAAUUUGCUGUUGGCCCAAAAUUGGGUGAUAGAACUAAUACAGGUAAAAAAAAAAAUCCUUUGAUGGAUUAGAGAAGUGAGGUGAAUAUACAAUAAGGACAUAAGGAAUUGGAUAAAUUUAACCUUGAGAAAAGAUUACUAUGAGGGGGGUAUAUAGAAGCACUUUUCAAGUACAUAAACAUGUCAUAUAGAAGAUGAUCAAGGUCUGCUGUUUCUUAUUCCAAACCAUAGUACAUGAAUAAUGGAUUUAAAUUAUGGAAAGCAAGAAUAGUUUGAUAGUGCAGUCAGUUAUUAGGAAAAGGGGUGGUCUUGUCUUCACUGGAUGUGAUCAACCAUUUGCCUGGUAUGUUUUAAUAUGCAUUUUGUACUGAGCGAGGAGUUGCGCUUCGGCAAGGGUUCUUUUUUAAUCUGUGCCCAAUUAGAUUGACCCACAUUUAAGAGAAAAGCAGUGGACCCUGAAGUGUGGUUUCAUUAUAGCUCCCUAUAAGGGUUGAGGACAGAUCUUAUUUUGUAAAAGCAAACAUAUGAAAUUGAUACGUCAGUGCUUCCUAUAUUAUGUUGCUAUCUGUAUACCAUUACUGCCCAAUUAUAUAUACUUAUACUAUACUCAAUACUAUUACUACUCAAUUACUGUUAGCUAUUACUCUAUAUAUAUGCUCUAUACUACUGCUAGUAUGCAUCAACAGUUCUUAAGAUUGUUCUGUCUUGAGUCCCCUCUCUCUGUGAUUUCUUCUUUUUCUGUUAAUGGCCAGCAUGUAAAGCUCCCGCACCCUUUUUAUGUUGUGCCUUGUUUUGCUGUGAUACUACACUUCUUUCCCUCUGUUUUGGACCAUCCAAUCUUUCUGAAGGAAAAAUGUCUUCUUUCAUUUGGCUCCAUUUGGUAGUUUGCCGUUUGCUCCAAAACACAAGUCUCCUCUGCCCUUCUCCCAUCUUCUGCCACACCUGUUUUAAAAUUGGCAACUCUGCUAUGUUGAUGCUGAGGAAAAGGCUCAAAUCGAAGGAAAAGAAGGCAGCUUGCAAUUUUGAUAAGUAUCCUGUUCUUCCGCAGGCCUCCAUGGCCUCUGCCAAUUCUUUUCUCUGCUGCAAAAAAUACUACAUGUCCAUGGAGAGUCAAGCUCAACUCAAGAGAGAGUCUGAACCACCAAAGCAACUGCUCGAACUGACAGCAAGUUCUCAGGAGGUCCGACAGAGGAAGUCUUCCAUCACUACCCACUGCCCUAGCCCAGGGGUAGAAAAUAAACCUGUAAUUUUCUGUUCUGUAUUGAAUGGCAGUACUUCCGCCUCGUCUUCCAGGACACUGGGAAUCCAAAGAUGGUUUAAUCCCCUCUUAAAAAAAACACGCGGUGACCUGCCUUUGACUCUUUAUCCUUCUCCGUAUUAAACCAGGCGCAUUUUGCCGGCCUCCCUCUGUCGCAAUCCCUCCACGGCCCGUAAUGCCGCAUCCGAACUCGAGAUGGCGCUCUUUUCUUCUCCUCUUCCCUUGUUCAACUUCCACUUCUCUGUCCGCAAACUCCGGGACAGAAUUGCGAGGGGGAGACGGAGAUCACCGGACUUGUUGAUCUCCGUUAAGAAACGAGAACGCGAGAAGGGGGAGGAAUUGUCUUGAAGCGCUGCCCGGCCUCUUCAUUCUAAUUGAGCCCGGAGCCCAUUGACACGCUCGGUGGAUCUGAAGUUGAAAAACCCGGGAAUUCAAAGAUCCACUGGAGGGCCUUAUGGGUUUUUUUUUUCCUCCUCCUCCUAAGCGAUUUACCUUUCGGGAACGAGCGGCAGGUUUUAGACUUCGGGGCCGCGUGACGCCCCUCCCAAUCUGCUCGGUUGUCCCGGGAUUUGGUGCGCGGAGGGGGGGUUGCAUCGCUGUCUCCCCCCCCGUCUGCCGCCACCUUCCACUCCGCCUCCCCGGCUCGCCAGGAGGACACCCGCCGAGCCCGCCUGCUGACCUCGCCUUCUUCGGCUGAAGCAGGAUGUAGCUUCUCCCGGCCGAUGUCCUCCUCUCCGCCGAAAGCCCGCUCCGGCGUUGCUCUGGGGUCGUGGGAAAGGAAGAAUGGAGGAGCCGGAAAACAGAUGAAGAGAACCUGUCUGGAACUGUGAAGACACAGGAAUCACUUGUCAGCCUGUUUCAAUCUUUUAAAGAUAAGCAAUGCCUGCAGGAAUGAAUAAACAUGGAUCUCGAUCUACUACCUCUUUGCCCCCGGAUCCCAUGGAGAUUGUCAGGAGCAAAGCUUGUUCCAGAAGGGUCAAGCUUAAUGUGGGGGGCUUGGCACAUGAGGUUUUAUGGCGAACCUUGGACAGGUUACCACGGACAAAAUUGGGUAAACUCAGAGAUUGCAAUACUCAUGAAUCCCUGAUGGAUAUAUGUGAUGACUAUAACUUGGAGGAGAAUGAAUAUUUCUUUGAUAGGCACCCAGGGGCAUUUACUUCUAUCUUGAACUUUUACCGCACAGGCAAGUUGCACAUGAUGGAGGAAAUGUGCGCCUUGUCCUUCAGCCAAGAACUGGACUAUUGGGGAAUUGAUGAAAUUUAUCUAGAAUCUUGUUGCCAGGCAAGGUAUCAUCAGAAAAAGGAACAGAUGAAUGAAGAGCUCAAGAGAGAAGCAGAAACCAUGCGUGAAAGGGAGGGAGAGGAAUUUGAUAACACUUGCUGUGCAGAGAAGAGAAAAAAACUCUGGGACCUUUUGGAGAAGCCCAAUUCUUCUGUAGCAGCCAAGAUUUUGGCCAUUAUUUCCAUCAUGUUCAUUGUGCUCUCUACAAUUGCCUUGUCUCUAAACACUCUGCCUGAGCUUCAGGACGCAGAUGAGUAUGGAAAUCCUACAGAUAACCCUCAGCUAGCCCACGUAGAGGCAGUGUGCAUCGCAUGGUUUACAAUGGAAUAUCUCUUGCGUUUCCUCUCUUCUCCUAAGAAAUGGAAAUUUUUCAAAGGACCACUGAAUGCUAUUGACUUGUUAGCAAUCUUGCCCUAUUAUGUCACCAUCUUCCUCACAGAAUCCAACAAAAGUGUACUUCAGUUCCAAAACGUCCGGAGGGUAGUCCAGAUAUUUCGAAUCAUGCGGAUACUCCGUAUUCUAAAGCUGGCCAGGCAUUCAACUGGUUUGCAAUCUCUGGGAUUUACAUUGAGGAGAAGUUACAAUGAACUUGGAUUACUUAUUUUGUUUUUGGCCAUGGGCAUUAUGAUCUUUUCAAGCUUAGUGUUUUUUGCAGAAAAAGAUGAGGAAGAUACAAAAUUCAAGAGCAUACCAGCAUCGUUCUGGUGGGCAACAAUAACUAUGACAACUGUUGGUUAUGGAGACAUCUACCCUAAAACUCUUUUAGGUAAGAUUGUUGGUGGGUUAUGCUGUAUUGCUGGAGUCUUAGUGAUUGCCCUUCCAAUCCCGAUCAUUGUAAAUAACUUUUCAGAGUUCUACAAAGAACAGAAGAGGCAAGAAAAAGCCAUUAAGCGUAGGGAAGCCCUUGAAAGAGCCAAAAGGAAUGGAAGCAUUGUGUCCAUGAAUAUGAAGGAUGCUUUUGCACGUAGUAUAGAAUUGAUGGACAUAGUUGUUGAAAAGAAAGGAGACAAUGCAGGCAAAAAAGAUAAAGUUCAGGACAAUCAUUUAUCCCCAAGCAAAUGGAAAUGGGCCAAAAGAUCAAUCUCUGAAACUAGCUCCAAUAAAUCCUUGGAGACAAAGGAACAAGGAUCACCUGAAAAAGCUAGGUCUUCCUCCAGUCCUCAGCACCUGAAUGUUCAGCAACUUGAAGACAUGUACAACAAAAUGACAAAAGCUCAGUCACAGCCAAAUCUCAAUUUAAAGGAGACAGCUCAACCCAGCAAGCAAAAAGAAGAACUAGAAAUGGAGGCCAUUCCUGGCCCAAUGGUCCCUUUGUUGACUACUCGGGCAGAUGGAAUAAUUGACAUGAGAAGCAUGUCAAGCAUUGAUAGUUAUAUAAGCUGCAUGACUGAAUUUCCUGAAGUUGGGAGAUAUUCUCAUAGCCCACUGACUACACUGACCAGCAAAGGUGGAAAACUUCCCCUUCAGGAUCCAUAUAGGUUGGAAGGAAGUGGGUCCAAAUUCAUGGAAAUAAAACCAAAUCUGGAAAGUGGCCAUUGCUCUACCUUUUUCAUAGAGAGUCCCAAAAGUUCAAUAAAACUCAUUAAUCCUCUGAAACUGAGAUCUCUAAAGGUUAAUUUUAUGGAAGAGGAUGCUAUAGGGCCAGCAGCUUCAAAUGUCCUAAGAAUAUACCCAGAUACCAUCAAGAACAGGGGAGCUACAUGUGCUGCCACAGAAAGCUCUGGAUAUUCUGAUCGAUCUCUAAUGAGUCCAGAAACUUCUAUUUAUACGACUGCAAGUGCUAGAACCCCUACAAAGUCACCUGAGAAACAGACACCGAGUGUUCUUAACUUCCAUGAUGCUGGCAUUCAUAAAUUUAUUGAUGCUGACACAGAUGAUGAAGGUCAGUUGCUCUAUGAUUCAAGUCCUCCAAAAGCCCCUUCAGGACAUACUAGCCCCAAAUAUAACACUUCUCAGAGAGGCUAUAUAAGGCAACGAGAUAAUGUUAGUAAAACCGAGAAGGACCACUUAGCAAUUGCUGCAUUGUCCUCUACACCCAAGUUUUUAGGGCAAAAUUGCCUUUAUUCCAUGGAAAAUAUCACUGGAAGAACCCAUGCUAACCAGGAAACUAUCAAAUUAGAUAAUCAUAUUUCACCUGAGGUUCACAUAUUACCAGGUGGAGGAGGUGGUGGUGGAGGAGGACAUAGUAAUAAACAUGAUAAAAAUAUCUGAUCAGUGCUGCAGAAUGUUGGUUAACAACUGAUAGGAAUGCCUUUACACUUGACACACAAAGAAAAGAUUCUGCAUGGCAUGAACUUUUGACUGAACAAGCCACCUGUUUUGUAAAAAUCAGAAGGAUUUCUUGAAAUGGGAUUAAGGAUAAUACCUCCUCCGAAUCUACUCCAAAUUCUUACUCCAACCACACUACAGUCAUUAAGUAAAAUGAAGUUUGUGCACAUCUUGAUCAUAAAUUGAUCUCCUUUCAACUUCCUUUACAGAAGUCAGUGUGACCAAUUCUUCCAUUCAUUCACUCCUUAAACAUAGACCUCUUUUAUGGCAAUACCAGUAUCUGAAUUGCAUUGUCAUCUUAAAGUGAUCUAGACAUCUGUAGUCAAAUACUGGAAAAAAAUGGUAGAUGUGAUCAGAAACGCAACACGUUAUGCUUAAAGGUAACUAUUCCAAACAUCCCCAUCCAUGUCUUUUUAUCUGAUGAAUACAAGGUCUGAAGACGAACAGGGCUAGGGUAGGCUUAUGAAAUCACAAAUGCAGUGAAUUGAGAAAUAAACUUUUAAACAUUUCUCUCUGUAUUUCUAGAUGCAUUAAAAUCUAUUUUUUUAUUUUUAAAAAAAUCAGCAGGGUGAGUUGCACCACUUGUACUAAAUCCAAAAUAUCCCUUCAAAGUUAUAUGUAAAAAAAAAUGACUCUGCUAAAAGUCAUACAAAAUCCGAGAUCAGGGAUGUAGUUUUUAACUUGGGAUUAGGAGGGUAGUUUUCAAACUUAAAUAUGGUAAGAUGUUUAAAAAGAGAUUUUCAUACUUUUUUAUGAAUGGAUGUUUUUAUGUAUUCUUGAAAAUAAAUAAAUCAGGUGGAUCUAAUCUUUUGUGUGUUGGAGAAGGGUAUCCUUGGAAGGUACCACCCAAACCUCAACAGUUGGGAAACUAAGGAACAGCAGCAAAACAACAACAAAAAAAGCCAGAAAUGGCAGCCUGAACCAAGAAUCCAUAUUAGCUUUGAGAACAAUUCCAGCACAAAAGAAAUUAAGUAAUAUUGGAAAGAUAUUCCAUUUCUUCUCCCUGAAUUAUUUGCACAUCAUAGACAGGGCAGGGGAAGUGAGUUACACCUACCUGGUCACUAAGCAACAAGUUUAUUUCUACCACAUUUUGCACUUAAAUAAUGUAGAAUGCAAAAAUAUGCAAGUUAUAAAUACAUAAAUAUGCAAAAAAAGUUAUUUCCAAGGAAUGAUCCUCCUGCCAUCUGGAGAGAUAUACAUUAAGAUAGGCACUUCUGGAAUUUAACAAUAGGAAGGAAGGUAUAAAUAUCAAGAGAAUAAAGGCCAUAAUCUUAAUACAUUUCCAUUUUAUUUUGAAACAGGCCGUUUCUGACAAAAACACAAACAGCUACACCAGCUUGGAUUUAUAAUUCCUACUAUUUCCUUUCAUUUUGCUGGUAUUACAAAGCACUUUAUGUUAAUGUCAUGACAAGGGUGGAAUCAAGAACAGAGAAUGUAUUUUUAAAACACUAGCACUUUAAAAACAAACACUCUCCUUAUUUGUGCCUCGUCACAUCUGUGAUUUGUUACCCACCUGGUAACAAGCUGCACGAUAACUGUGAUGAUAACACAUAAUGUUCGUCCUUUGUUACUGUAAUAUAGUGUAACAUUAACAUUAACUUGCACACCUAUAAAAUCUUUGAAAGCUUGACUUCUUUUUGUAGAAUAAUGUAUUCACAUGCAGGGGACAAGGUGAUGUGGACUUUAGCCAGUCUAAGGGUUAGGCACCUUAAUUCAUGGACCUUCAGCAUUGACCAAGGAGCGUAUAUGAAAGGGUAACUCAGAGUCAAUGUGACCUGAAGUUCAGAUCAGCCUAAUUCAAAAAAGUAUUGGAGGAAGUAAAGCAUCUUUUCCUUUUUCUAUUUCAUUCCCUGAAAAAAGGCUUACAAAGAUGCAUUCAACGUGAGUGCCUGUGUCAGCAGAUAGAAAAACUUUUUAACAUAAGCCAUUUAUUUAAAAAGGAAAGUAAGAAGGUAGGCCCCGGGAAAAAAUAUUUUGUACCAGAUUUUCACAGUUUGGGGAUAAGUAGAGUGCACUGCACUUAUCUAUCAUGAGUAAUUACAUUUCAAAUAACAGGACUUGGCAAACUGAAAUGGAUCUCUGUAAAUAAUGCACUGCAUCCAUGAAAACAACCACCCAUCACUUGUCAAAUCAGUAUUUUUUCUGGUGUCAAAUAGCUGUUGGUCUUGAAUGUAAUUCUUGUCAAUUCGAGCUGUACUGUCCUUCCACUUCUAAUGCACGCACCAUGCACAGACAAAAGCAAUAAGCACAUGUUUAUCUUAAAAACUGUUAAAGGUUAUAACAAUCCUUUGCACAUGAUUCUGUGUAAGUGUGGAUAUUUUUCACAUUUGCUCAAUUAUCCAGUUACUUAGGAAGCCCUUCCAAUAUUACUGUAUCUAUUUAUUCAAAUUGCCAGUAAACUGAACAAUUUCAGCCAGUAAAAAUGUUCAUUCCACACAAACAAGUAAACCAAAGGGACAUAUGCUUACAAAAAAAUGCCAAGAAAACAGCAUUCUGGAAAGUUACAGAUAGUUAUCAGCUAUCUGUAGGGUGAAUUCAAGAUACUUUAACUAAUAAAAACAUAUGUGGGAGCCCUGAAUUGUCGUUAACAAUUUGGUGUAUUAACAAUGCACUGAAUAAAUUUUGCACACAAUAUUGCAGUGAUGGUCUUUAAUGCAACUGCUAAGUCCCAGUAACUCAUUGGGCUUACUGGUUGACAAAUAUGUUUCAGACUCAACACUAGAAGUUAUUAUUAUAAGAGCAAAAAGGAAUUACUUUGGCAACAGUAGCGUGAAACUGAGGGAUGCUUUAAACUUUAUUAAUAUUCAGAUUAAUAAUUGCUAAAUUGUGUGGCUUGAUGCAGAAAAUGAGUCUAGAUUAGUGCAUGCUGGCUGGAGAAUUCUGGGAGUUGAAGUCCCCAGGUCUGAAAGUUGCUGGGGUUGAGAGAUGUUAAUCUAGAUAUAAGAUACCUCAAAUGUAGCCUGCUGAUCUGUUAGGAUACAUCUCCACUGUCCACUGCCUGAGAAUUCCGGGCCUUACAAUCUCUACAUUUCUGAAAUGAAUCAGGUUGGGGAAGGUUGACAGAUUCUGAAAUAAAACAGGCAAAGAUACCAAGCAUAAAACCUCUGUUUUAAAGAGGUAAUAGGCAGUCAAUAAGAUUAAAUUAAACUUGGAUAUAUUCAUACAUAUAUGAUUUCAUGUAAAUUAUAUUAUUAGAUAACCUUCCCCAACCAUUUGCCUCCAACUGUUGAAGUUGCAACAUCCAAGAUUCUCAGCCAGCAUGGGUGGCAGAUUAUACAAAAUUGCUCUAUGGAAGCAUGAUAAUUUGGAGCUUUUUGCUCUCUUUUAUUAAAUAUAUAAAAAAAUUAAUAUUCCUCUUCAUGUUUGUUCCUUAGUUAUCUCCUUUUUGUAUCUUGCAAUUCCAAGCUUGUCUUUUCUUUGCAUUUAUGCUUAAGUUCUACACCAACUAGAAUAAAAAAAAAGCAAGCUGAUCAUGCAUACCCCAAAUCCCCUCAUUAGUUUAUGUUACAGGUUUAUCAUGUCCAUCAUCAGCACAAAUGGUAAAUAAAAAAUAAAUAAAUUUGAAAAAAGCAGGGAAAAUAUUUUUAUUUCAAAGAAUAAAUCAAUAGAAAGUUCUGUGUGAUAUAUUUUAAAACAGAUUCUUUGUGUAAAAACCUUUCAAACAAAUUACAUUUUUCAUAUCAAGAAAGCAAGCGCAUGUAAAAAUAACCAUUUAGAGAAAUGAUCUAGCAAUCUCAGUUCAAAAGUAUACAUUUGAAGCAUGGAGGACAAUCAAUAACGGUAUUUAAAAAACAAACCUAAAAAAAAAUCAACUGGUGCAACUCUCCUUGUACCCAAAAAAAAAUCUCUUUUUUGCCUUGCAUUGGCAAACAAGAAACAAAUCUUUCAUAUAUAGUAUUUAGCCAUGUAUUGAGUCAUUUUUGACAGAUGUUUCAAAAGUAUCACAAAAUGUGUAUCUUUGAGUGUGAAUUGACAAAGUCCAAUGGAUUUCUGAUAGGGGUUAAUUAAAAUCAGACAUAUAACAUGCUCCCCAAACUGCAUUUCCUUUGUGUUUGUGAAAGGGUAAUCUAUUCUUGUUUUGUUUCCAAUGAUGAAGUGUGUAUGUCCAAGGCAAGCCCCACUGACAUGACUGGGAAUGGCACAAAUCACAAUGAUGCUCUUGCACAUACCCACCAUUCAUUUCAGUACAGCUUGCGCUGGAAACUCAGUGAAUUAUACUCCUGUGUCUAACUGAGAGUUAAAUUGUAUAUAUAGAACAUGAGCAGAUAUGUAAACACUGAGAAAUGUAUUCUGCAUUGAAAUGCAUUUGAAAUCAAAAGUGAAAUUGCAAAGUCUGUAUUCAUGAAUUGAACUGAAAUCUGUAUUCAUGAUGGGAAAAAAUCCAGAGCUUUGAAAAACCAUAGCACAACUUUACAUAACCUUUGCAUUAGCUCUAUUGCUAAUCCUGCUCAAGUUGAUUUCCAUUGGCAGGAGGAGAGAAGCUGUAAAAAAAACAAAUAUUCAUUGCGAUAGAGCUCUUAGUAAGAUUUUCAAACUUAGAGCUAAAAAAAAAAAUAGAAACAGAAGUCUCCUAUAGCAUAUUACUUGCAAAAAUGUAGGAUCUCAAACUAGUGUUGUUAGGCUGAGAGCUUUUAAUUAGAAUUGGGGUGAUCCCAAAUUCAAAUAACCAAGUUUGCAAUCUUCUAAUCAUUCAGUAAUAAUGAGGUCAAUAACUCUUUCCCAAACUAAUUUGCCUAACAGGAUUGUUGUCAGAAUAACAUGGAGGAGAAUAAUGUAUAGCAGCUUGAAAAAGGUGAAUCAUAAAUCUUAAGAUUCCAAUUUAACUCCCCCAAUGUUAUUCUAAUUGAUUUGUUAUAAGAUUAUAUGUAGAUGGCCAUUCAAAUGAAAUGAUUGGAAACGCUCUAGGAUUCAGUGGGAUCUUGGCCAGCAGCUCUCUGGUAAACCUUCUCAGUGGUUCCUGGUGGAUUCACCUCAGGAAAGUAUGACUGAACAUAGCUGCCACUUACAGUUUUCAUUCUGCCUUGAUAAAGUGUCAUUCUUGGGAAUUCAUAGAAACUAAGCGGCAGCACUUUCUAAGCUACAUUGGUAAUUUCUCACAAUACCUCAGAGUGGUAACAUUGUGAGGAAAUUAAAAUGGCAGCUAAGUUCAGCCUCUUUGAUUAUUUGAGGUAGGGAUUAAAACCGAGUCCAUAACAGGCAUUACUGAUAGAAUCUAUUUAGAUGCUUGAGUUCCAAGAACUGCUGGAUGUUAAUGAUAGCCCUGGAAAUGAUGCAACCAACAAGACAUAUAUGCCUUUGGAACUUUGCAUCUGGGUGAGAAAAAAGAAAAUCCAAUUUAAUAGCUGGGAAGAGUGGUGCAAAAGUGGAAUAUUUUUUCUUGGAAAUGAAUCGUUGGUAUGGUAGUUGAUAUGUCAAGAGGUUCCUAGGCUUUCCAUAAUCCAAUAGAUUUGAAUAACAGGGAGAGAGAAACAUUAAAUAAUUGCUUGCAGUUUGUUCAACUAUAUAUUUAAUUGUGCAUCCUGUAUCAAAUAAAGCAGAAAAUGAAUUAUUGUUUCUCCAACAGUAUGGCCCCAUGCCUCUUGCCAGCCUUUACUUGCUUUUUACAGAGCUUUUUACAGAGUUCUAUGGAUUGAAGGAAUGACUGCAGAGUUCGCAUUUACUGGCAGGCAAUGUUCUCUUCUUUCUUUUGCUUUUCUAUGAGAAAAAGCAACUGUAAUUGUGAGUGUGAUAGAUUUCUCAGUGCCUUUUCUAAGCACAUUUCAGGAAGACGAAGAGUAACGUAGCCAGUUGGGUGAAUAUUCACAUCCCCAAAAAAUGAAGAAUCAGUUGCUGCAGAAGAAGCAAAAGAUGAGCCCAUGGGAUUUGCCAGUAGGCCCAAAGCAAAUGCAUUUUUCCUGCACCUAACACACUGCAUGUAAUCCAGUGUGAUGCAUUUCCUUAGCUGCUAUUACUAAAAAUGGAAGCACUUUCUUCCCUAUCCAGCUAACAAGUUACAAUAUUUCUAAGCAAAACCAUAUUGUUUUGUUCUGGGUUUUUUUUAAUGUAAUGCAUUGAUACAAUUUGUACCUAUUGUUAGGUAUUUAUGUCUUAACAGAACAAUAAUUGGUACUAACUUAUGAUUCGUAGCAGGUUAUUUCAGGCUUAUGUGACUGGCACUAAAGUCACAUUUUCUCGACUUGAUACGCUUGAUGUGAUAUUUGGUCAAUUGGAUUAUCUUCCAAAGCACCUAAACCAUAUCAUUAAUAGAGGUGCCAAAUAAAGCAACAACCAGAAUGUUCAUUGUGGGACACAGCUACUGUAUAUGCACUGUAUAUGGCAGAGGAUGAAUUCACAAAUUUGUUCUUAACCCACUGGACUCACUGUAUUUUAGCUUUUUUCCCUUGCUAAGGCAUGCUUCACAACAGAAUAACAACAUUGGAAGGGACCUUGGAGGUCUUCUAGUCCAACCCCCUGCAGAAGCAGGAGACUCCAUAUCAUUCAAGACAAGGGGCUGGAAUGGUAUAGAGUAUGUCAUUCUAGAAUGGUAUGAAAUGGAGUAGAAUGGAAUGGUAUAGAAACCAUAUACCAUUCCAGACAAGUGGCUAAUUUAGGAUAUUGCAUUUCCUUCCACAGCUGCUGACUUCAAGGGCUCCUUCAAUGCAUUCAGACAGAAAGGAGAUGUAAUGUGGCUAUUGGGCCUUUCUAGAGGAAACGGAUGGGGAGAGGUUGCAGCUGUGGAACAUCUCCUCUUAUUGCAAGUCAAACAGGGUCUCAGUGGGUUUGUGUAUAUAAAAUCUAGAUGUUCCAAAUUUUAUUUUUAUAUAUAAUCAAAAUUACUUAGUGGGUUUGCCUAUAAAAAGUCCUUCAAAUGAUUUUUUUAAAGUAUCUUAUUAAAUAGUUAUUAAUCAUCCAUUUUAAAGGAAAUGAUUGUGAUUGUCGGAACCCAUAUUUAGACAUAAAUCACAAAAUGAUUGGCUACAGAUGACCAGCUCCACCCACCCACCCUUGAAGCCCUCUGGUUAUUCUUCAGCCACAAAAAGGCCAGAUUUUAGUGGCCUUUUUGAGGGGAUAAUAAGUGGGGAAAUGAAGAUUGUAAGACUUAAAAUACCCAAGGCCCUGCAAAAAAAAAAAAAAAAAAAAUGGGCUCAAAUCAUGCCACCUGAAUUUGGCAGCAAAUUGGCUAAAUUUCAGUGAUGCUACUUUUCAACUAAAAACAGAAAAAGAAGAAUGGAAAAGGAGCACAAGUCCUUUGGGAGAUGACGUGCUUGCAUUCCCACACUUAACUCUCCAGUCCAAAGUUCAGUCCCAACCCACUAAGCAGUUUCAGUUGGGCUGAUAGUUUGGGGCCUCCAGACUGAAAAAUAUCACUCAUCUCUGGAAAAGUUACACAAUUUUCAGAUAUUCCAAAGUACUAUAUUUUUCUGUUUAGAUAAAAAUAAAGGUACGCACACACAUACACAAAACCUGUAUUUUUAGUAAAUUUAUAAUUGGGUAGGUAAAAGUAAAGGUUUCCCUUUCCAGUCCUGUCCAACUCUAGGGGGCAAUGCUUAUCUCUAUUUCUUAGCCAACGGAGCCAGCAUUAUCCGAAGACAUUUCUGUGGUCAUGUGGCCACCAUGACCAUAUGCUGAGGCGCAUGGAGUGCUGUUACCUUCCCACUGAAAUGGUACCUAUUUUUCUACUAGCAUUUGCAUGCUUUCAAACUGCUGGGUGGCAGGAGCUGAAGCAAGGACAGGCACUCACCCCAUCAUUCGGCACUCAAGUCUCAAACCCAGACAAUCAGCUUUCCAGCUGACAAGCUCGGUGUCUUUAACCACUGAGCCAUCAAGCCCUCCCAACUGAACAAUUAAAGUUUAAAAAGUCUUUUUUGUUUUACAGAACAUUAUCCCCAAUAUUAGAACAUUAUCACCAUUCCCAUGUUGCUAUUUUAGUCCAACAGAUCUGGACAUCCCCUGUAUUGAAAUCUUUAUUACCAAAUAAUUCCAUACUGAACAUUUGACCAAAUCCAAUGUGCGUGUGUCCAUGUGUGUCUGUUCCAAAAGAAUGUUGCAAUCUCCGUCAUUAAAUUCUGUCUGUAAAAGACCAUAGACCCUGCUUUUACCAUUUUUAAUAAUCUCCAUGUUUGUUGUUCCAAAAGAAAUAUUUUUUCAUCCCCCUUUCCCUUCCCUCCCAUCCCUACUACCUGGUAGACAGAUGUACAAGUGAAAAAGAUCCAUACACUGUUGAAAGCAUAACAUAGUCAUAUAAUGUCUUAACUUCAUUCUUUGAAGUUGUAAUUACUGAAGUAAUAAUGCAAAAACAGUAUGAGUACUUGGGUAAUAUGAAUCCCAUACUUCAUGUUGUUGUUGUUAAUUGCGAAGUCAUGUCUGACCCAUCGCGACCCCAUGGACAACUUUCCUCCAGGUCUUCCUGUCCUCUACCAUCUUCUGGAGUCCAUUUAAGUUCAUGCCUACUGCU